UAUCAAUCGAUCAGAGAGAAAAAGAUGGCGGUGGGUGUACUACGCAAGAAAGGAUCGAUCACCGAAAAACUCGAUUGGGUUCGUUUUUUUCUUAGGGCUUAGAGACGGAGCUAGCCGUGAAAACAACAAGACAGGAGGACAGGCCUGACUCUCCGCUCCGACAUCUUGUUUCUUCACUACACAUGCAUACACACAGCGGCUGAGCUCUGUCUUCGCCCUUUGACCCUGACAGCAAUGGAGUUCCCGUGGCACAGCGGGGAGGUUCUGGAGCAGCUCAACCGGCAGCGUAAGCAGGGGCUGCUUUGUGACUGCACCUUCGUGGUGGACGGCGUGGACUUCAAGGCCCACAAAGCCGUGCUGGCAGCAUGCAGCGUCUACUUCCGAACCCUUUUCUUGGACCAGAAGGAUGUGGUGCAUUUGGACAUCAGCAAUGCCGCUGGUUUGGGUCAUGUCCUAGACUUUAUGUACACCUCCAAACUGUGCUUAAAUCCCAACAACAUUGAGGACGUGCUCUCUGUUGCCCACUUCCUGCAGAUGCAGGAAAUCAUAAAUGCUUGUUCUGCAUAUCAGUCGAUGUCAAAUCAACCUCCAUCCAUCAUAACUCUGGAUCUUCCUGAUGAUCAACCAGGUGAAAAGGCAGGUGGAAGAGAACAGAAAGAAAAUCAGCUGUCAGAAGUUGCAGGACAAGCGGAGGAGUUUCCGUCUGGCACACCGACAGAAGAUCUCAAGAACUCACAGAGUGAGGAUGUGAACGGAGACAUUUCUGCUGAUCCGGAACAAACCGCUUCUCAGCCGAAUCCCAUCAGAAAGCACCCGGGCCGGGGAAGACCCCCCAAAAGCUCUCAGGUUUCUGCACAGAAGACGGUGUCGGUGAAGGAGGAAGAGGACGGUUCUUUGGCAAACGCGACAGGAUUUCAGGACGACCCCUCGGAUACUGACUACGCACCCAAACCUCAGUCGAGAUCUUCAGGCAGCUACUUGAACUCGCGUGGAAGAAGGAUCAGAAAACCUGCUCGACGUAGGAGUUCACCUGAAAAUGACUUGGAAGACGAAGGUCCAUCGAAGGAAAAAAAGGAGAAAAGGGCGAGGGAGGACGAAGAGAUGGCGGACAGACAGGAACUACAUGAUGGGGAGGCCAGUGAGGGAGAGGAGGUGGAAGAGGCAGAAGACGACAUCGAACUGCAAGGGGAAGGAGACAGCGAGGAAGACGGAAGACCAUCUCAGGCAUCAUCUAUGAGCAACCGAACCGAAUCGAAGCCGUACAGCUCCGUGACGCACAAAUGUGGGGACUGCGGGAAGAAAUUUACCCACACAGGUAAUUUCAAGAGACACAUGCGUAUCCACACUGGAGAAAAGCCAUUCAGCUGUCGGGACUGCAACAAGGCUUUCUCUGACCCUGCCGCUUGCAAAGCCCACGAGAAAACACACAGCCCCCUGAAGCCGUACUGCUGCUCCACUUGUGGGAAGAGCUACCGGCAGGUCAGCCUGCUUAACCUGCACCGGAAACGGCACACGGGUGAAGCGCGCUACAGCUGUGACGUCUGUGGCAAGCUUUUCACCACUUCGGGGAAUCUGAAGCGCCACCAGCUGGUGCACAGCGGGGAGAAGCCGUACCACUGCGACUUCUGUGGCAAAGCUUUCUCCGACCCCACCGCCAAGAUGCGACACCUGGAGACCCAUGAUACGGAGAAAGGCAACAAGUGUCCGCACUGUGACAAACGCUUCAACCAGGUAGGAAAUCUGAAAGCUCACCUAAAGGUUCAUAUUGCAGACGGGCCCCUGAAGUGCAAGGAGUGCGGCAAACAGUUCACCACUUCAGGCAAUCUGAAAAGACACCUGCGUGUUCACAGCGGGGAGAAACCAUACGUGUGUUCGCACUGUCAGAGAGCUUUCAGUGAUCCCGGAGCUCUGCAGCGCCACGAGCGCAUUCACACAGGAGAAAAACCCUGCGUCUGUCUUGUGUGCGGCAAGGCUUUUACUCAAGCCAGCUCCCUCAUUGCUCAUGUCCGGCAGCACACCGGGGAGAAGCCCUACGUCUGUGAUCGCUGCGGCAAAAGGUUUGUGCAGUCCAGCCAGUUGGCAAAUCACAUUCGACACCACGACAACGUGCGACCACACAAGUGCCAGAUGUGCAACAAGGCAUUUGUGAACGUGGGGGAUUUAUCCAAACACAUCAUCAUUCACACAGGUGAAAAACCGUUUCUUUGUGAUAAAUGCGGCCGUGGCUUUAACCGGGUGGACAACCUGCGCUCCCAUGUUAAGACCGUUCACCACGGCAAAGCCGGCAUGAAGAGGCUGGUGCUGACGGGGGGAACCAUCGAAGAAGUUAGCGACGACUGUGCGGAAGCUGGGUCUUCGGAUGAGAUCAAGAUAGUCACUGUUACCACAGAGGACAUUGUCACCCUUACGGCCGAGGCCCUGGCAGGAAGUGCUGUGGCUCAGCUCACGGUCCUCCCAGUGACUGCCUCGGUGUCUGCAGAUGAAACGGAGGCUUUGAAAGCUGAAAUCACCAAGGCAGUAGAGAAGGUGCAAGAAGAAGACCCCAACACCGAGAUCCUGUAUGCUUGCGACUCAUGCGGCGAUAAAUUUCUGGACGCCACCUCUUUGGCUCAGCAUGUUCGGAUCCACACGGCCCAAGCCUUGGUCAUGUUUCAGGCAGAUUCCGACUUCUACCAGUACACCGCGGCAGCCGCCACCGGAGAGGUGGAUGAUGCUGCUGCCGCUGCAAUCUGGCAACCUGCGCCCGGACAAGUUAUUCAGCAAGAAGAGCUGAUCUUCCGUACGGACGAAGAAGAGGGGAAAUCAGAGGGGAUGCAUGGAGAGCAAGUGUCAGAGACUGUCAUUCAUGUGGAGGAGGCGGUUGAAGUGGAAGAAACUACUUCUGAGCACCAAACAAAUGAGAGGGAUGGAGAAGAAGAAAAGGAAGAGAAUGUUAAAAGUAAAGAUUAGACGUAGUGGAACAGGUUCGUCUGUGAUGUAUAAAAUGUUGCUUUUGUUAGAAAUCUAAUUUAUACGAGAGGAAAUUAGGAUAUUAUGUUUCUUGAUGAAUUAUACAUUAGGUUAUAACAUGAUGUUUAAAGAAAACUAAUCUGGAUUCAAUCAUUUUAAAUAAAAUGUAUUUUAACCUAAUUUAAUCUUUAGUGAUGCAUUUGCUUUACUCUUUACAGCAAUAGUUUGGUAAAGAGUUGCAGAGAUGAUUAAACAAGUUUGUAUAGUUUGUUUGUUUUAAGACUGAAAUGUAGGACUGUGUUUUGUCCUUUUAUGCUAGAUUGUAAAUCUAAUAGAGACUCGUAUUUUUCCAUUUUUUGAUUAAAUAUCUACUCUUUCUUCAAACGUGCACUGUGUUUCACUGUGCUUAGUGUACAGUGCUUAAUUUAGGAUUGGUAAAUAAACAUGAGUCUACUGAAGA